AUGCCGCGCCAGUCGGAAGAGGCAUCCUUCGAAAGCGUUGAUGAUGCCGAGGAGGGUGACGGCUUGGCCGACGGAGUUGCUGUUCUGACUUCUCGCCCUUCUCUUCACCCUUCUGCUCGCCCGCUUUUGACCUCGUUUAAGAGCGAGUUUUGGAAGUCUCUAUAUAUGACCUCUCUUUCUAUGCCCAUGCCAGUGAUCGUGAUUGGCCUCGCUACCUCGAAUUUUAUGCUCACAUCACCGAGAUAA